CAGGGUCGCCGCGAUGUGGCUCAAGCCCGAGGAGGUGUUGCUGAAGAACGCGCUGAAGCUCUGGGUGACCCAGAAGAGCAGCUGCUACUUCAUCCUGCAGCGGCGCCGCGGGCACGGCGAGGGGGGCGGCCGCCUCACCGGUCGCCUAGUGGGUGCCCUGGAUGCAGUACUGGAUUCCAGUGCACGGGUUGCCCCGUUUCGAAUUCUGCUUCAAGUUCCUGGGUCCCAGGUGUAUUCUCCCAUAGCAUGUGGUGCAACAUUAGAGGAAAUCAACCAGCACUGGGACUGGCUAGAACAAAAUCUUCUUCACACUUUGUCUGUCUUUGACAAUAAAGAUGACAUUGCCAGUUUUGUCAAAGGGAAGGUAAAGGCUCUGAUCGCUGAGGAGACCAGCAGCAGGUUGGCAGAGCAGGAGGAGGAACCUGAGAAGUUCCGAGAAGCCCUGGUGAAGUUCGAGGCCAGGUUCAACUUCCCUGAGGCAGAGAAGCUGGUCACCUACUACUCUUGCUGCUGCUGGAAGGGCCGGGUGCCCCGCCAGGGCUGGCUCUACCUCAGCAUUAACCACCUCUGCUUCUACUCCUUCUUCCUGGGCAAGGAACUUAAACUUGUGAUCCCUUGGGUUGAUAUCCAGAAAUUGGAAAGAACAUCCAAUGCCCUUCUCACGGAUACCAUCCGGAUCACUACACAGAAUAAGGAGCGUGACUUCUCUAUGUUUCUGAACCUGGAUGAGGUGUUUAAGAUAAUGGAGCAGCUGGCAGAUGUGACUCUCCGGAGGCUGCUGGAUAAUGAAGUCUUUGACCUGGACCCCGACCUGCAGGAGCCUAGCCAGAUCACCAAGAGGGACCUUGAGGCCAGAGCACAGAAUGAGUUCUUCCGGGCUUUCUUCAGACUGCCCAGGAAGGAGAAACUCCAUGCAGUGAUGGACUGCUCCCUCUGGACGCCCUUCAGUCGCUGUCACACCGCAGGGCGGAUGUUUACCUCUGACAGCUACAUUUGCUUUGCCAGCAGAGAGGAUGGCUGUUGUAACGUUGUGCUUCCACUCAGAGAGGUAGUGAGCAUUGAGAAGAUGGAGGACACAAGCUUGCUGCCUAACCCCAUCAUUGUCAGCAUCCGCAGCAAGAUGGCUUUCCAGUUCAUUGAACUCAAGGACAGAGAGAACUUGGUAGAGAGCCUGCUGGUGAGGCUAAAGCAGGUCCAUGCCAACCACCCCGUGCAUUAUGACACCUCAGCAAGCGAUGAUGACAUGAUGUCACCCAUGUUUUAUUCAACAAGCAUGUGCAGUGACAAGUUUGGGGAUCUUGAAAUGGUGUCUUCUCAAAGCAGCGAAGAGGGAGAGAAGGAAAAGAGCCCACUGCCACACCCUGAGCCCCUGACUGCUGUUUUCCAGCAGUCAGGCAGCCAGAGUCCUGACUCCCACCUGUCCCGAGAGCAGAUAAAAAUCAGCCUGUGGAAUGACCACUUUGUGGAGUACGGCAAGACUGUGUGUAUGUUUCGCACAGAGAAGAUCCGGAAGCUUGUGGCCAUGGGGAUCCCUGAGUCAUUGCGUGGAAAGCUGUGGCUCCUUUUCUCAGAUGCAGUGACAGACCUGGCCUCACACCCUGGCUACUAUGGGAAUCUGGUGGAGCAGUCCCUGGGGCGAUGCUGCCUGGUAACAGAGGAGAUAGAGCGAGACCUACACCGCUCACUACCUGAACACCCCGCCUUCCAGAACGAAACAGGCAUUGCUGCUUUGAGGCGGGUGCUGACAGCCUAUGCCCACCGGAAUCCCAAGAUUGGAUACUGCCAGUCCAUGAACAUCCUGACUUCUGUGUUGCUGCUGUACGCCAAGGAGGAGGAAGCAUUUUGGCUGCUGGUUGCUGUGUGUGAGAGGAUGCUGCCUGAUUACUUCAACCACCGAGUGAUUGGGGCUCAGGUGGACCAGUCUGUUUUUGAGGAGCUCAUCAGGGAGCACCUCCCAGAGCUGGCGGAGCACAUGAAUGACCUCUCAGCACUGGCAUCCAUCUCUCUCUCAUGGUUCCUGACUUUGUUCCUCAGCAUCAUGCCUCUGGAGAGCGCCGUGAAUGUCGUGGACUGCUUCUUCUAUGAUGGGAUAAAAGCCAUUUUCCAGCUGGGGCUGGCAGUGCUGGAAGCCAAUGCAGAGGAGCUGUGCAGCAGCAAGGACGAUGGCCACGCCCUGAUGAUCCUCAGCAGGUUUCUAGAUCACAUUAAGAAUGAAGACAGCCCAGGGCCCCCUAUUGGGAGCCACCAUGCCUUUUUCUCUGACGACCAAGAGCCCUAUCCUGUGACCGAUAUUGCUGACCUGAUCCGGGACUCCUAUGAGAAAUUUGGAGACCAGUCUGUGGAACAAAUUGAGCACCUGCGCUGCAAGCACAGGAUCAGGGUCCUGCAAGGCCACGAGGACACCACAAAGCAGAACGUGCUUCGAGUUGUUAUCCCAGAAGUCUCCAUUCUUCCUGAAGACCUAGAGGAACUCUACAACUUAUUCAAGAGAGCUCACAUGAUGAGCUGCUACUGGGAGCAGCCCAGGCCCAUGGCCCUGCGUCAUGACCCCAGCAGGCCCUAUGCUGAGCAGUACCGCAUCGAUGCCCGGCAGUUUGCACACCUGUUCCAGCUGGUCUCACCAUGGACCUGUGGAGCCCAUACGGAGAUCCUUGCUGAGAGAACAUUCAGGCUACUGGAUGACAACAUGGACCAGCUCAUGGAGUUCAAGGCCUUUGUGAGCUGUCUAGAUAUCAUGUACAAUGGAGAAAUGAAUGAGAAAAUUAAGCUGCUAUACAGGCUUCAUAUCCCACCAGCACUCACUGAAAAUGACCGAGACAGCCAGUCACCUUUGAAGAAUCCACUGUUGUCAACGUCAAGGCCCCUGGUACUGGGGAAGCCCAAUGGUGACACAAUUGAUUAUCAGAAACAGCUCAAGCAGAUGAUUAAGGAUUUAGCCAAAGAAAAAGAUAAAACAGAGAAAGAGCUGCCCAAAAUGAGCCAGAGGGAAUUUAUCCAGUUCUGUAAGACCUUGUACAGUAUGUUCCACGAAGAUCCAGAAGAAAAUGACCUGUAUCAAGCCAUUGCUACAGUAACCACUCUACUACUGCAGAUUGGGGAAGUGGGGCAGCGAAGCAGCAGCUCAGGAAGCUGCUCCCAGGAAUGCGAGGAGCUGCAGGCCUCGGCUCCUUCUCCUGAGCAGGACUCGGUUUUUGCAGAGACUGGCAAGACUCCCCAGGAUCCUCGGGCUUUUCCUGAGGCAGUAGAAGGCGACUGGACUGUCUCCCUGGAACAUAUCUUAGCGUCACUUCUUACUGAGCAAUCACUGGUAAACUUCUUUGAAAAGCCACUCAACAUUAAAUCCAAACUUGAAAAUGCCAAGCUUAAUCAGUACAGCCUCAAGGCUUUGGAAAUGAGCCGCCAAUCACAGCCUGAGCUCAAGCUCAAUCAGCUGUAGCAUGUAGUUUUCUGGGGCGCACACACCAAAGCACAGAUGGGCGACCUGGCACUAUCUGAACUCAAUCUAAAAACAGGAACCCUUACAAGUGGUCAUUUUGCUAAGCAACCUCACAUACCUGUGGCUGAAGAACUGAUGCAACUUUUACACAUUAUUUAUUCCUUAAGAGAACUGUCAUUUGGACAGUCAGUGGUAGAAUGCUCUCGACACUGUGACUGACUUCUACCAGGUUUGUUGGAAUAGGCUUUUACUGUGACCGUAGUACGACCUUGUUCUUUGGCAGAACAGGUAAAUGAGGCAACAACAGCCCAGGUUGUCUUUUCACUGAAAAUGGGAGCAGUCAAGAAUCAAGCUCACUUUCGAGAUCUCAGAGCUUUUUUUUGCACUAAUUUUGUUUCAAUGCUGGUAAUUGAAACCAUUUUAAUAUAUUUGGUUCUAUUCACUUUGUAUGUCCUACCAAAAUGUGUAUAAACCAUGCUUUCAAUGUUGGCCUCCAAGGUUUUUAAUAAAACUUUUUUUUUGUAUUA